ACUCCCUUGCCUUAUAGAGUAAGAAGCAUUGUUCUUAACUCUGAAUCCUCUCCGUGUGUUCUUGGCAGAGUGAAGAUGAGCAGUGAAGAGAUUCUUGUGUGUGCAGUACAACUUAGAGAAAAUUUCUGCCUCUAUUUUGCAGAUGACGAUGGGCUGGAAUGCGAUGCCUUUUGUAAGGAAAAAAUUCUCCACCGAGUCCUUCGAAAUGUAAAUAGCCAGUUGCUUGUGGUUCGACCAGAUUUAAACAUGGCAGCUUUUGAAGAUGUGACAGAUCAGGAGAUGAAAUCUGGCAAUGGAAUGCACUUCAACAUUCACUAUUACAAAACUACCACACCUUCAGCAGGGAUGCCUGUUGCAUUCAGUGUCCAGGUAGAAGAUAAAAGUUAUUACAUGUGUUGUGAGAAGGAAUGUGGAAAAAUGAUAGUUCGAUUUAGGGAAGGAGAAGUUCCCAAAGAAAUUCCUGGUGAAAGUAACGUAAUCUUUUUCAAAAAGACAUUUACAUCUUGUAGCUCCAGAGCAUUUAAGUUUGAAUACUCACUAGAACAAGGAAUGUUCUUGGCCUUUGAGGAAGAAGGCUGCUUAAGAAAAUUAAUUCUCAAGAAACUGUCAAGAGAAGAUGAAGUGGAUGAAACCAUGAAGAUAAGUUUCUAACUUACGUCGGAAUGGAAGUCACAACCUAUGACAUACUUCAACAGUCUUAAAAUAUAUUUUGGCUUUUUAUAAAAGAAAUCUUAAUCUUUCUUCAUCUGCGGCAAGCCAGUUUUAUGCUUUUAGCUACCGAAAGUCAGUACAAAAAUGAGCAUCUUAGGAAGGAAAAUAAAUUCCAAGUCUUGGCCAAAAGAAGCAGAAGAAUGUUUUCCAGUCAGAUAGAAGGAAAGAGGAUUACACAAUGAAGAAACAAGAAUGUGCAUGCCUAUAUACCGCUGUGUAGUUUUACCCCUA